CAUUAGUGGCAGGGCAGGUGCAGAGGGAGGCAGAGAGAAGACAGCAGCAUAGGACGCACUUGCACACCAUGGCUCCUGGACACACACUAUUACAUGGCUGCUGUGCCCUGGGGAUCCUGCUGCUCAGCACCGCCGGGACAGCGUUCUCUCAGGAGGUCCAGGCCGAGAACGUGACGGUCAACGAAGGCGGGACGGCGGAAAUCAGCUGCCGACUGCACCAGUACGAUGGAUCAAUUGUGGUCAUCCAGAACCCUUCCCGUCAGACCCUCUUCUUUAAUGGCACACGUGCUUUAAGAGACGAGCGGUUUCAGCUGGUGGAGUUCACUCCGAAACUGGUGAAGAUCCAUCUGUCCAAUGCCAAGCUGGAUGAUGAAGGCGGUUACUUCUGCCAGCUGUAUACAGAGGACACGCACCACCAGAUCGCCACGCUCACCGUGCUCGUUCCUCCAGAGAACCCAGUGGUGGAGGUCAAGGAGCAGGCGGUGGAGGGAGGAACGGUGGAGCUUAUCUGCUCCGCGCCCAGGACAAAGCCAGAAGCUACGCUGAGGUGGUACCGGGACCGCAAGGAGCUGAAAGGAGUGACCAGCAAACAGGAGAACAUCAAGACUUUCAGCAUAACCAACAGCAUUCAGUUUCCCGUGGAACGGCGGGACAACGGAGAAAUAGUCACCUGCGAGGCCUCGCACCCCGCCUUAAAGGGCCAGAAGAAGCAAACGCAAUACGUGCUGGACGUUCAGUUUUCCCCGACAGCUCGAAUCCAAGCCUCUCAGAGCCUGGUGAGGGAGGGCGACACACUGACCCUGAAAUGUGACAUAACCGGGAACCCCAGGCCGGAUGACAUCAUCUGGAGCCGUCUUAAUGACACAUUACCGGAACGAGCUCAAGUCCAGGGUGAACUCCUGACAUUUCCAUCUCUCAGCCUGCAAGACAAUGGAACCUACACCUGCCAGGUCUCCAACAAGCAUGGCCGUUCCUCUGACCAAUACGUGCUGGUUGUGUACGACCCCGGAGCGAUCAUCGAAGCCCAGACUCAAGUCCCUUAUGCGAUCAUAGGUGGCAUCUUGGCACUUCUGGUCUUUCUCGUCAUCUGCGUCCUCAUUGUCAUGGUCUGGUGUUCUGUCCGGCAAAAAGGCUCAUACCUGACUCACGAAGCCAGCGGACUGGACGAGCACGGAGAGGCCCGAGAAGCGUUUCUAAAUGGAGGCGAAAACCACAAGAGGAAGGAGGAGUUUUUUAUUUAAAAGAAGAAAAAAACAAAACAAAAGACACAGAAGAAAAAAAUCCCAACACAGUAUUAAUAACCAGAGUUUUUUUAUGUUCUCUUACCUAUGGAGGGUGGGCAGCGGGGCAGUAGGAACAUAUAGUAGGCGCCAUAGAAGGAUUCGGCCUCGCCGUUGCAAGGGGAUCGGCCAUGUUGGAUGCGCUGAGCCCCUUACAAUUAGCGGGUUGGGGGGAGGGGGGGGGGGCGCAUUGACUUUAGAGGAUGAUGUAUGCAAGAAAAAACACUGCGGAGCUCCCUGAAGCGGGAAGAACAAAAAAUUUUAAAUUUUUUUUUUUUUUUGUGGUUGGAUAUUUACAAAGGAGCAACUGUCCAGGUAGGAAAGGGUUAAAGAGCGGUAAUGAGACCCCCGCAUUCAUACACACAUCCCCCCACCCAUCACCACGCCCGGCUAUCUCCCUGGAAUCGAGGAGUGAGACGGGCAGGACGGGCGCCCGGUGCCGGCUCGGUAGUAGGAGCAUGAGGUUUGUUUAAUCAGCCGGCGGGGAGUAAGGGGCGCAGGGAGAGUGUGCAGGAAAGGGUUAAUUGGGGGGCGACCCAAAGAACACCCUAAAAAUGUAGCAGCAGAAGCGUAGUAAAUAACUACAUGCAUUCGACUAUAGUGAAGGGCGUGCAGACUUUUACAACGUAGGGUUCUAAAGCAUCUACAAUACAUAAUGUGGCAACGUGCAAAUAGCCUGCCGUUUAGUGUCCGCAGCUCCGCUGCAGACCGAUGUGUCUCCAUGUAGUCUGAUGCUGCAGACUGUAUGCCUUCUGCGCUAUUCCUCCCCAUAUACAUGCAUGCUCAGCUCAACCAAGGAUGGCGAGAGGGGCAUGCUCGGCCAGACCCCCCUGAUGGCCACCAACAGAACAUUGCAGGAGUCGGGAGACCCCCAUACGCACUACACAGUCGGCCGCCCCUCCCUGGUUUGGUCGACAAUAGUCUGGUGUGUACGGGGACCGUGAUGCCACUCCGAGGGUCCGACUACAUCUAGGCUCGUAGUCUGUAACCAGGGAGACACAUGGCUGCACAGUAGCUGCAUACACAAAACGGUGGGAGAUGCUUAAUAAAUGUAAUUUGCCAAGUUGCUUCAUUUCUUCCUUUUUAGAUGUUUUGGAGAAACUACAUUUUCUAGUGUCUGAGAUUAGAAAGCGGGCGAUUCCGCGAUUCCUCCUCCACACGUGGCGCCUCCCUCGCUUACAGGUGGUGCCUGGUAUUGCAGCUCCUCCUCAUGGCAGUGAAUGGGGCUGAGCACCAGACAAGGAAGGCGCUGUCUCUGGGGGGCCCCUUAAAGUACCGGAUGAGGGUAACAGGUACUGCGGUAGAUGAGGCUUUCACCCCCCGGUCCAGCGCCGCACUGUGAUAUUACCGCCAUGCCGUCGCCCUCUUCGAAUGAUUUAUCUAGAAGAGAUGCCUUUCUGGAUCACCGGCCCCGGGAGCGGCUCAGGUCGUUUUAUUAAAAAGCUUGGGUUGUUUUAUUGGAUUUUUGGGGCAGCGGGCAGGCUCAUCCCUGCCCCGGGGGCCCCGCACGCUGCCGCUCUGCCUAAACCUUCGCUGGUCUGAGGCCACAAUCACACGGGGGCGGGUUUAUUCACUCCUCUAUUAGCCAAACCAAGGCGGCACAAAUGACGGGCUUCUGCUUGCAGCUUUUGCUGUGACUAGAGGACGUGUGGCAACUGCAGCAUGAAGCAACAAUACCACGGGAUCAGAUAACCGAAACUUCCAUAUUGCACAUCUUAAAUACUGCCACAACACUGCCCCUGUGUGAACACAGGCCUACAGUAGAGGGUAAUGUGUACGGCCUGGAUUAAGAAAUGGUGAGAGUUUUCCUCCAUAAACAGCGCCACGCCUGUCCACGGGUCGGGUGUGUUACUGCAGCUCAGCUCUGCAAUACCACAUGCAACCUGUGGCCAGGGGUGGCGCUGUAUUUGGAGGCGAGCAGCCGUGUUUUUCUGAUCCUGGCUAACCCCUUUAAAUUUCCCUUCUCCAUUAUUAUUUAUUGUGAAGAUAGGCCGAUGUAGCAGAGUGGAGUUUGUCAGGGAGACUAUUUUUAAUGCGAGUUUCUGGAUUUCUUCUCCAUUUACAUCUAAAGUUACAUUAAGAAGCCGGGUGAGCAGUGCAUUAUGGGAGUGUUCUGUCCGAAAACUAAAUUGUUGUCUGUUUCCAAGGGCAACCCUGUUUUUAUUAAUGCCGCUUUGGAUGUGACUGGAGAACGAAAACAAUGUUUUCUUUUUAUAAAAAUCAGGAUGAAAGUAGUAAAGUAAAAUCUAGCUGAUGAUGAGGAGGGCAUGUGUGUAUGAAGCUGAAGGGGAGGAGCCAGGGUCAGACUGACCCCACCCUCUCCUUUCCAGAAGCACUCAGGGGGACUAGCCUAAAAUGGACAUGCUACCCAGUGUGGGAUCCGGAAUGGGGGGAGGGCAUAUUGGGAUAAAAUGGGGGUGCUGCUACGUACCCUCCUUGUUGUACGGUAGAACAUGUUUUCUGUGACGGUUCCUAGUGGGCGGAGCUCCUCACAGUGUGGGAUUGUAAAGCAGGGAUUCGUCCAAUCAGAGGCUGAUCCCAUGAACUCCUGAUAUUUAUGAAAUUGGGUUGGGAGCCAAUGAACUGCUUUGUGAAACCAUUUCCUGUUGGACAGGAAGUCACUGACUGGGCGUGUAUCGUGUCUGUUUUUUCUCAUGGGGGAGGGGCAGAUGUUUUUUUCCCCUCAGUGCCGUGUUCUUUUAGAUUUUUUCUUAUAUAUUUUUUGUUCAUUUUCCCGUCUCUUCUUGUUGUUUCUCGUUCUCUGUAAAAACCUUUAAAAAGCCAUGAACCUAGGGGAAAUUAAUAUAUAAUAUAUAUAUGUAAAUAAACUAUAGUCCACCCUGGAGGCGGGGCAGAGGGUGCCGCCAUCACACGACAAGAGGACAAUACUCACCCGCGCCAUCUUUUUCUCUUUUUUAACCCAUUGCUUUAACUCUUUUGCUGUCGGCAGACGCCCCCCCACUCGUUCAGCAAAAGGGCUAAUCGUUUGUCAGAUAACCGGCCUAAAAGCCAUAUACCUUUAACAGCACAAUGUCCUGCUCCACAGAUCGAGCGGCCACAGCAGCACAGAGGGUCACGAGGUGGGGGCGGUCUACCCAGAGAGGCCGAGGGUUAAUGCUUUGUUUUUCUUAGUACCGUCUCAUCCGUUCUCAGCGUAGACGGCCUCUCUGGUCCUGACCCAAGGGCUGCUUUGUCGUCUCAGAAACGUGGGCUCUGGUCGUGGAGAGAGAAGCAGAGGGGGAUGUUCUUCCUGCCCCGUUGUGUGUGUGUGGGGGCGGGGCUGGUAAAGUUAAGCGGGGGAGGGGCUUUGUGUACUUUAUUUUCUGUCUUUUCCCCUCUUUCCUCUCUCCACCACUCUUUGGUCCCCUCCAUUAUCCUCCUGUCAUCUCACAGCCUGUCCGCAGCACCAGUUUUGUACACAAUGUACCAAAAAGAACAAAAAAAAAAGUAUAAAAAUAAUAAAAACAGUAAGAAGCGGACAGAUUAAAAAAAAACUAAUAAGAAAACUGAAAAAAAAAAAUAAAGUUCAUGUUUA